AAAUUUUGUAUUUUAUGCCAUUGUAUUGAUUCGAUUGAUAGUCCCCUUUAAUGUGUUUGAACUUGUAUUUUCUUUUGCAGGUGUUUUGUUCUGUGAACAGCAGAGAGUCUUUGGGGCAGAAGUGGACAUGAGAGUUAAAGCAGGAGACAACAUCACUCUCUACUGUGACUGUGUCAUACCAUUAGGAUCACUGAUUGUUUGGUUGAGAAACUGCUCACAUGAGCAUCAACCAUCUCUGUUAAUAGAGACUGAAAACCUGUUCUUGGGGAUGUUUCCACGUUUUAGUUUCGUGCUCAACAGCUCCAGUAACUCCUAUGAUCUACAUAUUACAGAUGUCAGUGUCUCUGAUGAGGGAAUAUACUACUGUGCGAAAACAGAAAAUAAAAUAAGUAAAGAUGUAAACGGCAUCAUAAAUAAAAAAUCUGAGUACGAGUAUGGAAACUGGAAAACUCGUCUAUCUGUCUUGGAGCCAGUGUGUCCUGGUUCUGAGCGGUUCAACACCUCCUCCACACCUCCUGCAUCAGACUGUGUGCUCUGCUGGACGCUGCUGUUCAGUGUGUGUCCAGUGUGUGUUCUCCUCUUCUCCAUCUGUGUGUACUGCAUCUGUCAGAGGAAAACUACAGAUUCUGUCGCUGAAACACAAACUGAGAACAGAUAUGUUGAGGGUGGUGAUGAAGUAUGUUAUGCUUCAUUGGACAUGCUCUUAUUACUUCAAAUGCAAUGGUAUUAGAUGACACUUAAACCUCUGUAAGUAUAAUCAGGCGUUUGUAUUAAAAUUCCAGUUGUAUUUGAGUUGUAUCUGAAAUCAUUUUAAUUUGGCAUGCAGUUAUAGGCAUUGUCAGGUUACAGCGCCACCUUUGGGCAAAAAAAGAAAAGAAAAAAGAACUAUGCUAGUAUGUUAUG